CGAAUCAUUGCCAGUCGCUUGUGGAGACUCCUUUCAUUGAAGAACUGUCUCAGGAAGGCUUGGCCAUCCAUCUUGAUGCCAUGCUCCACGUGCGAAUAGCGACCCACCAGGCUCUCCACAUCGCCCACAUCAAACUGUUUCAACUGUGAGACGCACACAGAGAUAGUAAAAGAAUGACUUUUCCCCCGUGGAGUGUCAAAUGUGCAGUGGAAAGAAAUUUUGCACUGUAAAAUAAGACAAAAUGAUUGUAAAUUAGGUAAAAGUCCAAUAUUUUAUGGUUGCAGUAAUCAAUUGCACCCAAUAAGCAAAACAUAGAGAAGAGGAAAUACCGAUUGUUGUGAAAAGUGCUGAAAUUUGGAUUUUAUAUAUAUAUAUGUAUAAAUUAUUCUUGUGGGUAAACAUUUAAUGGAAAAUGGAUCUAUGUAUCAAAUUGGAAUUCAUUGAUCGGUAAUUAUGUAGUGUCAAAUAUGAGCAGAACAACUCAAAUUGAAUUGUAAUCGUAUAUCCUUUGUUUAUUUAAUAUAUAUAUUUGUUUUUAAGAAAACAAAAACUUCAGAUCAGGGCUGUGAAACUCACUCGUUUAAUGGCCUCAUCAUAUUAUUACAUGUACACAACCAAUUGAGGGAUAACUAGUGUUGAAAUAAGAAGUCAAGGAUAAUAGUUUGUUCAACUAUUGUUCAAGUGACUGUAAAAAGGGGUUUGGCAACAAAAUAAUGCUUGCAAUAUCUCAAAGCUAUUAUCUAUUACACAUGACCCUUUGAGAUUUUGAUACAGAGUUCAGCAAGCAUCAUUGAAUUUGACGCAUGAUUUGCUUUCGCGGGCCACAUAAAAUGAUGUGGCUGGCCGGAUCUGGCCCCCGGGCCUUGAGUUUGACACCUGUGCUUUAGCUUGGAAGCAAAUGCAGUAAUCAUUACAGAUCAUUGGGGGGCGGUAAAUCACUAUUGUGGUUUGCAAACUGCCGUUAAACACAACAAAGACAAAGAAGAAUUAAGUAAAUUUUUUUCCCCCUCUGCAAAUGUGUCGCAAUUGUGCUAGUGGACCUGGAGGUGCUUUCUCAUGACCCACGUCACGUGACUGGCACCUUGCUGCAGUGCGAUGGAGACGACAUGAGCGCUGGUCAGACCUCCACCAACUACCAUUACUCUGUGGCCUGGCUCACACACCACACAUGAGCCUAGAGACACACAGGAGAGGAGACAAGCUGGUGCAGAUAAAUGGCACCGACCUGCAGGAUUUAACCCCCGAGGAGGUGGCUCAGGCCAUAGCAGAGGGUCAGCCUAUGUUGACGGUGCACAAGGCCAGGAGGAAGAAAGAUUACAAUGAGCAGUCAUGCUCAAUGCAGGGUUCUCUUCAGCCAGUCUCCAAGGAGGUCACCGUACUUCAGUUCAGCAUGGAGAUGGUGCGAGAGGAAAACCUGCAGCAGAGUGGGAGCGAUUUAGGGGGUGAUGCAGAAGAGAAUGGUGGUGCUGAGGAUGACAUUUGCCCAGCUGAAGAUGAGACCAACAAGCUGGAAAGCGAUCUGCUUGUUGUCACCAUGACAGAAACUAGCUUCUCUGUGUUGAGAGGCAGGGGCUGCGAUGCAGGGAGCGCCUGUGGUGGAUGUCAUGGGACAGGAUGCACCCUUAAUGACAUUGUGAUGGUUGCAAAGUCCAGCACUGUGACACUUGUUUCAAGAGGAGGGGGCACUUUCAAACAAAUUAAGAUGUUGAACACUCCAGUUGAACACGUGGCCUCGCACAAAUAUCUACGAGGACUCUGUUCGCAGAAGACUCUCUAUGUUUCACCUCAACCAGAAAAAAUGACCAUUUACUGCUACAAGUCAACUUGUUUGGACCACCAUUACCCAGUGGUCUUGAACUUCACAGACUCCGACUGUUUUCUUAAGUGCUCCAAGAAAGCAGAGCAGGUGCUCCUGCAAGUAGAGGCAGUGGAUAAGAAGAAGCUGAAAAGCAUUUCCAUGAACGACGAGACCACACUUUCCUUCGUCUUCUACAUGAAAACUGACAGCACAAAGCAGCGGAGGUUUGAAUCUGCACUCUACCGUGGCUGGUACAUCCAAAUAGCGACUUCAGCUUCCACAGACUCUGUGGAAAUGGUAAAGUCGGACGGACGGCAAGGAAUUCAAUCAUUCCUCUUUGUUAUUCAAACAUAGAAUGAUGGAAAGUUAUACACCAUAUUGCAUUCAUAAUUUGACAAUCAUCAAAGCAACAUGUAAAAAAAAAAAAAAAAAAAAUGGAAAUACAGUCUUCCCCACUAUUCACGGGGCAUAGCUGCCGCAAAAAGCAAAAAUCCCUAAUUGACACUCCCCAAAGAAGUUUGUAAUUGUAUAUAGCUAUCACAAGAUGGCAGCAAAGUACAUGUUUCAAUUAGACAAGACAGGCUACAUGAAGCUCCUCCCCUCAGUGCAAUGUUGUUGCUUAGCAACAACAGAAGGCGCAUUAGACAUUACAGUACGGUGGUGCCCUGAGAUUCCAGUUCAAUUUGUUCCAUAAAGAAGCGCAUAACGCAAAACACUCAAACCUUCUUUUCCCAUUGCAAUGAAUGUUAAUUCCAUUAUUCCGUUCCAGCGCCCCACUCCCCAAAAAUGGUUAAAAUGAAAUAGAAUGUAAAGAAUUAAACAGUCUGUAAAUCAUAAGUUAAUACCGCAAUUCAAUUCAUUGUGCUACUCCUUCUGGUGUGCCUGCCAUGGCAGUCGGGAGGCAAUAUAAUACUGUCCAGUUGUGUGGACAUAAAUGAUGAUGAAUAGACAUCUACCACU